AUGUUUCGUCCGCAGUUUUCAAAUAAAAGUGAUAAUGAUUAUGUUCAUAUACGGUGUCUCAUUGCUAAUAUACAUAAACCACGAAAUGUGUCUAGGCCGCCCGAGUCUUCAGAUUCGGUUCUGGAGACCGUCUUGGAAGCGAACUCUUCGGACAGGGAGUCCAGCCCGUCGGGAUCAGAAAAGUCCGAUAGAUCAUUGAGAUCGGACAAUUCUGACGUAGCUGAAAUAUGUAAAAUAGAAGAACCCACCAAAAUACGAGCGAAGAGUAAUAGCAUUGCAGGUGCAACUCUAAUGCCACCGUCGAUGCACAACAAAAAGCGUCGGCCAUCGUUCCUUCACCUGCACGUCGGUGGACACCACGAGAACAUCGGUCCGUUGUCUGCGGGUGCGCAGUUCAACGUGCCGCGUUUCACCGUGACGGCGCCUCCGGGUGAAGGAAGGCGCCUUAGCCAUGGAUUCCCUUUCCAUGGCUUCGCGCUCCGUCGACACUCUAAUAUGAGCCUUCAUCGCAGCGAGUCGAUGGUGUCUCUGGCCUGCUUCAAGACGCUCUCACAGCUCGUAAACAAUGAUACCAACGAGCUGCAGAACUACCUUGCGGCCAAUAAAAACAUCAAUGUCGAUGACAGGGAUGAGAAUGGCACAACAGCGCUCAUGUGCGCAAGCGAGAAGGGGCGAGUUGAAGCGGUACGGUUGCUUAUCGGUGCGGGCGCGGACGCGUGCGCUGCGGACGUGGACGGGUGGACACCGCUCGCAUUCGCUGCAAGGGCGGGACACCUCAACGUUGUAAAGGAGUUGGUGGAGGCCAGCGUGACUAUUGACUCGAGGGAUUGUGGUAACUGGACACCUCUUAUGUGGGCAUCGUACAAGGGGCAUGAAGAGAUUGUAGCGUUGUUACUAGAGAAGGGAGCCGAUGUGCAUGCGCAUGGAAACUAUAAUAUAAAUUCCCUAGUAUGGGCAUCAGGUCGUCACCAUAGUGGAGUGGUUGAACGGCUUCUAUCAGCCGGAGCUCGCCCAAACUCAUGCGACAAAUACGGUACUUCCGCCCUAACUUGGGCGGCAAGGGCGGGUGAUGUGGCGGCUUCAGCGGCUUUGCUACGUGCUGGGGCGGAUCCUAACACAGCCGGAAUGUAUUGCUGGACACCUUUACUACAGGCUACUCAAGGAAACCAUUUCGAAAUUGUGCAAAUGCUGUUAGAACAUAAGCCAAAUGUGAAUGCGCUCGACAAGGAUGGUUGUACUGCGCUGGCGACAGCUUGCAAGGAAGGCUUCUAUGACAUAGCUUUAGCUUUGAUUAAUUCUGGGGCGUACAUUAAUGUACAGGACCACUCGAAAGAUACUCCCCUAAUACAAGCAGUGAAGGGUGGCUACAAGCACGUUGUUGAGGCAUUGCUAAAGAAGCACGUAGAUGUAGACCUUCCAGGGAAAGAGAAGAAGACUCCAGUGUACACUGCGGUGGAGAAAGGCCAUGUGGCCAUUUUGAAGUUGCUUUUAGCUUCGAAUCCAGACCUGGAACAUUGUACUAUAACAGGAGAUACCCCAUUACUCCGUGCAGUGCGGUCUCGUAAUGCGGAAAUGGUCGCGUUAUUGUUGGAACGCAAGGCCCGCGUCAAUGUGGCUGACAACAGGGGUGAUACCGCACUGCAUAUCGCUAUGAGGGCGCGGUCUAAGCAAAUCGUUGAAAUCCUCCUCCGCAAUCCAAAAAACAGCCAACUCUUAUACAAACCGAACAAGUUGAACGAGACCCCGUACAACAUAGACAUGAGCUAUAACAAAACCAUUUUGGGACAAAUAUUCGGAGCUCGCAAGUUGAACACCAACGAAGACAACGAGAACAUGUUGGGCUACGAACUGUACAGCGCGGCGCUGGCCGACAUGCUGUCGGAGCCCAGUUUGUCGGUGCCCAUCACUGUGGGGCUGUUCGCCAGGUGGGGGUCCGGGAAGUCGUUUUUGCUCAACAAGCUUAAAGAGGAGAUGAAGAACUUCGCCCGGCAGUGGAGCGAAACGGGCUGGUCCUGGUCAUGGGCUGUGUGGUGGAGCGCCUGGCACGCCGCCCUGGCCCUGGCGGCAAUCGCGGCGGCCUGCGGGGCGCCGCCCUAUCUGGCUCUGGGGCUCUGUUUCGUGCUCUUCGCUGCCUUCUAUCUGGCCCUGUAUACGCUGUGGUACCUCACGCAUCGAUACGAAUGGUGGUGGGCGGGAGGUGUCUUGUCCGCCAUGGGGAAGCGAUUUAGUUCCUUGCUGCUGGUGCUCCAAGUGGUCUUCUGUCACCCUCCAGGGCCGAACGAUCCGAGAGCGCUGCCAGCCACACCUAUACGAUUCCACUUCACCGAAGGCAUGAAAAGCGGCAGCGGUCAGGAGAGCGAGGCGAUGGUGAUUCAAAUGUUGGCGAGUCUGGCCGAAGCCCUGGAACUGCAGUACGGCCGGGUCUGCACCAGGCUGGCCCGGGCCUUCAGGCCUAAGCCUGUCUCUUCUACUUCGGGCUGGAGAUGGCGCCGCGCAUGCUGCAUCCCCCAUAUCGUGACGUUCGAGAUUUGCUUCACGUGCAUCUUAUUGGCUGCCUGCAUUUUGACCAUUUACCUCACUGACUCUGGAGCAGAUCAAUCACGGCGUGACAUUCAACAGGGGCUGUUGAUCGGCGCCUGCGCAGCCGCAGGCGCGCUGCUGCUGGCCAACGUGUUCACCGCGGGUCGGGCUUUGGCCGCCCUGGCCAUUCCGCCCCGGGUCAGGCUCAACCGGGUGGCUCGGCAGGCUGUCAAGAACCACCACGCGCACGUGCUCGCUCUGAGACCGGAAGUGCAGGCGCUGACGCACACCGUAUCGUGCCUGGAUGCCUUUACGGGUCAGCAGACCCGCCUGGUGGUGGUGGUUGACGCUCUGGACAGCUGCGAACAGGAGAAGGUCCUGGCCCUCCUCAACGCCGUACACGCGCUCUGCUCGGACCCCAAGAGCCCCUUCAUAUUGUUGCUGGCCAUCGACCCUCAUAUUAUUAGCAAGGCGGUAGAAAUAAACAGUCGCCGAGCACUGUCGGAGAGCAACAUCGGAGGCUGGGAUUAUCUCCGGAACAUGGUGCAACUGCCGUUCUACCUCCAGAACUCGGCUUUGCGUAGAGUGAAGAGCGCUCAGCAGACUGCCACCAAGAGGAUGCACAAUAUAGCUGCGGAGGAUUUCUCCACUUCGCUGCAACGAUCGGUAUCAUCGCGACGUCUAUCGUCCACAUCGGAACUCAUGUCCAGCCAAGAGCGCAUAAAGCCCCAGCAGACCAAAGAGAGCGUGAGGCGUCUCCGACCCUCGGAGUCCAUCGCUUCCUCUGUGGCAUCGGGUCUGCACAGGGCCGUCCCGACACCGGCGGGAGGAGCUGCCGAUCUCGGCCGGGUUCUGCUGACCGAUGACUACUUCAGCGACGUCAACCCUAGGAGCAUGCGCCGGUUGAUGAAUGUGCUGUAUGUUACUGGUCGUCUAUUAAAGGCCUUCCAAAUCGAGUUCAACUGGUACCAGCUGGCCUCUUGGGUGAAUCUCACGGAGCAGUGGCCUUUCCGCACUUCCUGGAUCAUAUACCAUCACGAGACUUUCGAAGAACACAUCGACGACAACACCUCGCUCAAGCAUAUCUAUGAUAAGGUAAAACCACUGAUAAGCGGUCUUCGUGAGGCUGGUAAUCUGCUGGAGUUGGAUCGUGAUGAACGGAAGCUGGAAGUGUUUCUGAGCUUCCAUCGUGCAACGCUCACUGCGGCAGAUCUCAAGAUAUUCCUCCCUUUCACCAUCAACCUGGAUCCUUAUAUCAAGAAGGUUAUCAAAGAGGAGCACUUGCAAUCCGGUAUAGAUGAGGACCUGGGUUCUGGAGCAGCGACUUUCAACUUGCAGAAGCAACCGCAUUCGAAGCUUAUUCAUAGGAAACAGAAAGUGCAGCCGGUGGCGCCAACUCCGCAACAGAACCCGGUGUGGGCGGGGUGGGCGUCGACGUCUGUGACCGCGCCCACUUCGGCCCUAGCCCCCGCACAGCACACUCCUUUUAUGCCUGUUGUCGGUGCUAACCCGGCGGCGAUGAUCAGAACUGCUUUUCCAGCACUGGGUGACGUAUCCACGAUCCGCGUGUCAACGUUGAGCGUAGAGCGCGUGUGUACGCUCGUGCGCGAUGCGUUGGGCGCUUCGGGGGUGACGUGCGCGGCCGCACUCCAGAGACAUCACGUGUGCGGUCUCGUGCUGGCCGUUUGUCGACUUACUGAACUUAGGCCGGUGCUAGACCUACCAUUUGGUGAUUGGGAGUUGUUCAAAAUGUUGAUUCUCAAUCUACGAGAGCUGGAAGCCACGAUGCCCGUUACAGUCCCCGCAUUGUCAGUAAUUCCGGAUAAAUCGGGCGACACGGAAACGGAAGUGGUAAAGCCACGACCUGUCUUGGAACAUCAAAGAUCGCGUCCAACUGUGGUUGAAAAACAGCCUUACGCGGAAUAUCAGGUGACGCUGGAAGAGCAGAUGAUUUGCGGCGCUCUACAAACCCUGAACGAGGAGGCGAUGGAAGACGUGCUCCACUCUGAGGCGCCUUCAGGCGAAGAGCGCGAGCCAAAGUCGUCCGUCGCUCGAGGCGCCUCUUGGGCGGGGAGCUCCGCCCCUGCCGCUUCGCCCCGCCCCGCUCCCGCGAGCUUCCGCUCCCGGCGUGAUCGGGAUCCCCUCGCGGUCACCUUCAAGGUUGAAAACGAGGAGGACUCCGACGACGGCCACAUCACUUUCACCGCGAGACCGCGGCCGACGGAGCGGCCGGCUCGCUCCCGUCCCUCUUCCCUCCUCGUCACCGACGACGGUUCGGAACCCGGCGACCGACUCGCCGCUCGCUCUAAAUCAGUCGAAGAUUCCACUCGCAGCGGUUCCCCGGUCGUCGAUCUAAAGUUGCGGAAUUUGCGUCGCACCGCCGAUAUUCUGCGAAAAGUGGGUUCCGCCGAACGAUUGACGCGCCUCAGGGAGAAAUUCUUUUCUCUCAACUCGGGCUCUCGCGAGCGCAGUCCGCCUCGGGAGGAGCCGAGCGACGACGAAUCGGUCCCGCUCGUCUCUUCGCCGACGGUCAGCGCCGCCUCGCCGUUGGACAAGUCUGAAAACGUCGACGCUUCGAAACCGUCGUCCCCGGCGACCACGGCGUCUUACAAGAGAUCGCUCGGCGUCGACUGCGGCGAUAGAAGCGUUCAAGACUUCACGGUCAGCUCGGACUUCUCCCCGCGAUCCGAUACGACCGACCUCGAGUCGCCGCGUGAAGGCGGGACCGCGUUCGACUUGUUUCCGGAGACCAAAAGUUGCUCCGGUCCGGCGAAGAAGGCGUAUAUGGUGCGGGAAGAGAGCAACGGGUCAAUAUCUAAUAUGGUCGAACCGUACAAUAUGAGACUUCUCGCGCACGGGACCACGGAGGGACCCCGGGCCUUAUGGAGGCAGGACGCCCUGGAUUCCGGUCCGCCUUGGCCUUGGGAGGAGCCCGAUUCGGCCGUGUGA